CUGGGGAGACCGGAUAUAGUGAAUGCAGGGUCUGGGGAGACCGGAUAUAGUGAAUGCAGGGUCCGGGGAGACCGGAUAUAGUGAAUGCAGGGUCCGGGGAGACCGGAUAUAGUGAAUGCAGGGGUCCAGGGAGACCAGAUACAGUGAAUGCAGGGUCCUGGGAGACCAGAUAUAGUGAAUGCAGGGUCCGGGGAGACCAGAUAUAGUGAAUGCAGGAUCCAGGGAGACCAGAUAUAGUGAAUGCAGGAUCCGGGGAGACGAGAUAUAGUGAAUGCAGGGUCCGG